UGUCCCUGUCACUCACAGGGGCCUAGCUAGGCCGGGGCAGCCAUGGCAGCAGCGCUGGUCGGGACUGCUCUCCUUGUGGGUCUCCUGGCAGGGCUGGCGGGCACGGAGCUCCAGCAGACCACCCUCCACCCGCUCGUGGGUCGCGUCUUUGUGCACACCUUGGACCAUGCCACCUUCCUGCGCCUCCCUGAGAAUGUCGCCGUCCCACCCUCUGUUCGCAUCACCUACCAUGCCCACCUCCAGGGACACCCAGACCUGCCCCGGUGGCUCCGCUACACCCAGCGCAGCCCCCACCACCCCGGCUUCCUGUAUGGCACAGCCACCCCAGAAGAUCACAGCCGCCAGGUCAUCGAGGUUGUAGCCUACAAUCGGGACAGCUUUGAGACCACCCGGCAGAGACUGGUGCUGUUGAUUGGGGACCCAGAAGGCCCCCUGCUGCCGCACCAGGCUGAGUUCCUGGUGCAGAGCCAUGACGUGGAGGAGAUGCUGCCCUCGAUGCCUGCCGGCCGCUUCCUCACAGCCCUGGGGGGGCUCUGGGAGCCAGGGGAGCUCCAGCUCAUCAACAUCACCUCUGCCUUGGACCGCGGGGGCCGUGUGCCCCUUCCCAUUGAGGGCCGCAAGGAAGGGGUAUACGUCAAGGUGGGCUCUGCCUCACCCUUCUCCACCUGCCUGAAGAUGGUGGCAUCCCCCGACAGCCAGGCCCGCUGUGCCCAGGGCCAGCCUCCACUUCUGUCCUGCUAUGACACCUUGGCACCCAACUUUCGUGUUGCCUGGUGCAAUGUGUCUCUGGUAGACAAGUCAGUGCCAGAGCCCGUGGAUGAGAUGCCUACCCCAGGCGAUGGGAUCCUGGAGCAUGACCCAUUCUUCUGCCCACCCACUGAGGCCACAGCCCGAGACUUCCUGACCGAUGCACUGGUCACCCUUCUGGUGCCCCUGCUGGUGGCCUUGCUGCUCACUCUGCUGCUGGCCUAUGUCAUGUGCUGCCGGCGGGAGGGACGGCUGAAGAGAGACCUGGUCACCUCUGACAUCCAGAUGGUCCACCAUGGCACCAUCCGCGGGAACACGGAGGAGCUGCGGCAGAUGGCAGCCAGCCGCGAGGUGCCCCGGCCACUCUCCACCCUGCCCAUGUUCAACGUGCGCACGGGCGAACGGCUGCCUCCCCGUGUGGACAGCGCCCAGGUGCCCCUCAUCCUGGACCAGCACUGAGGGCCCGGCCAGGUGGGUUCA